CCCCUUCUCCUCUUAAAGCGCGGAGCUCACGUUUCGCAAUAGAGGCGUACGGUGUGCGCGCGCGGGGCCCCGCCGAUUGCGCGUAUGCGUGUGACCGAUCAAGGAAGGAGCGAGACGGCGCCGUCUUUCUCGGGAACGCGCAGAGCAGCACAGACCGAGACACGGUGCGAGUGUGAAGCAUGACAGCUGAACGACUCUAAACUCCUUCGCGCCAGUGCUUCCGUGGAUGAAAUAACACCCCAUCAUCACACUGACUGGAGAGGACGACACCGUCACCUGCUCGAAGCGAAUCUCAUCUCUGCAAUGGACUCUGCCUGAGAUACAGUCACAACAGUGUUAUGCAACCACUGAAUUGCAGUGACUUGCAUUUCACCAUCACUUCUCAGCAUUCCACCCAGGUGUGCUGGGUGACAACUACAUAAUGAAGCCCUUCCUCCACCCGCUGCCAUUCCUCAUCCUCUUCCACAGCCUCCUGGUUACCAGGACAAAGAGCAGUGACUGUCCAAAGUUUUGCAGCUGCCAGACCCCCAUCACAAUCUUCUGCACCCAGCGGCGGUCCACAAAUAUGCCCUGGGGCUUGCCUGCAUUCACCCAAAAUCUCUACCUCUUCCAGAAUGGCAUCAAGACUUUGACCCAGGAUGACUUCUUAGGGUUAGACCGCCUGGAGUUACUCGACCUAAGCCAGAACAAGCUAACAAACCUACCAGACAAUGUGUUCAAGCCACUGUCCUCUUUGCGCAACCUGGACCUGUCAUCCAACCACAUCACCCACAUCUCCCAAGACAGCUUCUCUGGGCUUACUCUGCUUGAGCGACUCUAUCUUUUCAACAACCAAAUCAAGAACAUUCACCCAGAAGCUUUUGAGGGGCUGCAGCAGCUGUUAGAGCUCAAGCUACAGGGCAACCAGUUGAUACACUUGCCCGCUCUCCACAAACCCAGUUUACUGCUUCUGGAUAUCAGCUAUAAUCAUAUCAUUCUACCAAGUCCCACUGACCUCCAGACACCCAACCUGGAGUCCUUGAAGAUGGCUGGGAUGGGACUGACUAGUUUGAGUGAAGAACUCAUGGCUAACCUUGAUAAUCUCCAUGAUCUAGACAUUUCCCAGAACCAUCUCAAAGCUGUUCCCUCUGCUCUGAGGGAGGCUCGGGGACUAAUUCGUCUCAACCUGGCUGGGAACCCAGUAGGCCAACUGAAGCAAGAAGACUUUCAGAACUUGGAGAUGCUCCAGGAUCUAGACAUCAGCAACCUUAACUUGCAGGGUUUCCCUGAGGGCUUCGGCCAGCUCUUCCCCAAGCUUCAGUAUCUGACAGUGGCAGAGAAUCCAUUUAACUGCCUCUGCCCACUGGCUUGGUUCCCUGGGUGGCUUCAUGACAUGGGAUUGAAGCUGGGAAGAACAGAAGAAACUCGCUGCCACUUCCCACCGGUGAAUGCUGGAAAGGUGCUGGAGAAACUACGGCACAGGGACUUUGGCUGCCCUACAACCACAACUGUUACCACUACCACAGUCAGUAGUAGCACCCCUCGUCCACCACUGAUCACCACCCAGGCACACACAACGCAUGCUCUGCCCCCACCACUCCCCACUGAUGAUCCCACCAUGGAGGUGGAAAGCGAUAUGCCACUCCUUAUCCCAGUCUCUCCUAGCAGCAGUACUGACUUGCUCUUCCCUGGCAUCCAGUUCUGCCCUUCCAACAUUUGCCUGAAUGGGGGCACUUGCCAGCUAGACCAGCAUGGGCAACUGGAGUGCUCAUGCCCGCUUGGAACAUCGGGGCGUUACUGCGAGAACACAGAGGACGUGUUGCCACCAGAAUUCUCCACAGUAUCUGCCACAGCAGUGCCUGACAUCAACUCCCGCGAUGUCACCAGUACCACUAUCUUGUUGGACCUCCACCGUUACAUUAAAACACGGCCUUAUAUCCGAGGCAUUCGUCUGACCUACAGAAACCUCUCUGGGCCAGACCGUCGACCAGUGCACCUAAGUGUGCCGGCUUCCUAUCCAGAGUACACUUUGCGUGGACUGCGGCCAAACUCUACCUACUCAGUGUGUGCCAGCCCCCUGGGUGAGCCAGGUGAUGAGGACAGCUCCUGCACGGAGGCACGCACUGCUGAACAGCAGCACUCUCCACCUGAGAGGCGAGUUCACAGCAGUCAGCUCACUACCACACUUGUGCCCACCCUGAUCGCUGUCGUGCUUAGCUUGGUGGUGGCGGCUGUUGUGGGCACAGUCUGCUACCUACGCAGAAAAAGGGCCAAGUGCCAUAUGGAUCUCGACUGUGAGCCUUCUCCUCUGGAGAUGGAGGGGGUCAAGUCCUGCCUGGACAAUGGGGCACUGCCACAAAAGCAGACUGAGCUCAUGUUAUCUGUGCCAGCUAUCCAAGGAGCCCAGGAAUAUGAGGUGCCACUUAUGCAGACCCACUGUACAGCAAACAAUAAUGUAGCUGCUUUGAAGCCAUCUUACUUCUGAACAUCAUCAUGACACAAUUCAGACCUCCGCCUAAUAGAGGCAGCUACAGACUUUUGUUAUUGUUUCUUGCUGGUGGCAAAAAAUAUUGUACAUAACAGAAGAGUAGCUAGUUGAAGUGGCAAGACAGUGCCAAUGCAGCCCGCUGAGUUUAUGAUUGAAAUAUGAUCUAACCAAGUCAUGUGCAAUCAUGUGUUCUGUUGGAGAUCUCUCCUGAAAUCCCAUUUCAGGCCAAAGCUGAAGUGCCUCUUCUUUCACAUGUACAUAAACAACAUAUUUCUGGAAUGUACUGUGAUUCUGUAGUCAUACUGCUAGACUGCCACUCACUGGGGCCUUGCGGAAUGCUGCCCGUGCCUUGUCCUCUCCAGGAGCCAGGGGAUCUGAGACAGGGAGAUGUGUCUCAGGCAGAAGCAAUACCGGGGCCACUGCCCUUGAUUUCAAUUUCAUGAGGAAUUUGCAACGAAGUCAGGUUCUUUCAGACUAUGAGAACCAAUCUAUUAAAACUGAAUCAAACAAUGUUCAUUUGCAGGUGCCUUACAACUGCCUUAAGGACGCUAGCCUGGUUAUGAAUGCCAGAGUGAUCGGACUGAAUGAUAUUAAGAUAUUAAAAAAAAAAAAGGGUGAACUCUUGCAGUGUUACGUGAAGGCUACAUUUGUGUAUAUAUACACACACAUUUUUUUCUGUUGCUGUUGAAUUUUUUUGUUUUUAAAGAUUUGACUGCUACCAGUCUACCUUUGCUAAUAACUAAAGGCUCACAAAACACUAUAUUAUAAACUUUGAAGAUGAAAAGUUGACCAAGAAAUUAAGUUGCAUUUGUACAGUUUGUCCAGUGGUGCCUCUUCUCCAGUUCUUUACCGCCUUCAUUCCACCCUCUCCCACCCCCUCUGCUGAAAACAAAAUUAAAUGUAAGAAUACCAGAAUUACAAUAGGAAAUGGUAGAGUGAAAUCAGUCUUUUUAAGUCUGAAACAUCCUAAAAAUGGUUUGAGCCACACACUUACAAAGUCAUAAAAAGUGAAUAAAAAGUAACAAACAAGAAAUUCUUCAAAGGCUUAAUUCAUUGUUUAUGUCUCUGAGAGGAAUGCUGCUUUUUCCUAAACCACAGUUUGCAAGAAAGUUUUACCCAGCAGCCUCAGAUAGCUUAACACGGAAUUCCCUCAAGCAAAAAUUAGCCUUUUCCGCGUGCUGUUGUGGCCCAUUGACUGGCGUCUGGCUUGGCAAAGGCACUUCAGCCUUGCUUACUUGCAGCCGGCAAGAUGAUGAGAAGAUCAGAGACACAAAUUUUGCGUGCAAUUUGGCUUUCUCCACUGGAAAGAGAAAUUGAGAAACAAAGCUAACACAAAACCAAGAGAAGGACAUAGUUGUAAAAUGGUGACAGGUGUGUAGAGUUGGGUUGCUCAACAGCUAACUCACUACCCCCUCAAUCCAUACUGAGUAAAUUACUGAGUAAAUGACCUAGUCUUAUUCAUAUUUCAGCUCUGAAGAAAAUGCAUUUUAAAAUAUACUAUUCACUGCUGGGAACAGUGACAUUGCUAAAUCUAAGACCCUCUCCAUCUUAAAAAAAAGCAUAUAAACACAAUCUUUCUGAACAACAACCGUCUCUCACACACAUACUUUUAUGUUUAUGUCUGGCACUGCUGUUUAAAUCACUGAUAGACUAGAAGGACUUCUAGAAAACAGGGUGAUUGUGAAGGUCAUUGAGGGCACAGAAGGGCAAUUCAGAGACCUGGGUGGAACACCUUUGUGCAGACUGGUACUGAUAUCCUCUCCAGGGUAUGGGGUGAGAAAGCAGCCAAAACAAGAACUGCUACAAUAAUUGGCCUCUGUGAGGAUAAUUAUUAUUCUUUUAGCAUUUUUCUUGAAGUUCAAUAGCCCGGUUUGCCAUUUUGAAGCCGAAUGUGUUGUCAUGCUUUUUUCUCCUAGCGUUUUCCCAUUCUAAAUGGCAAAUUCUCCAUUUUUCAUAGAAUAUAGAGUGAGGGGCCUCACAGAUAAAUAUAUCAAAACAGGAAAAUAAAGUGCAACUUGAACUGGAAUCUCCAGCUUUACAGCAUGAUGGAUUGAAAAUGUUAUAUUUUCAACAGAAUUUAAAGUUUUCCCUGUUUAUUUUGGGAAAUUGUUUUGUCUUGAUCCUUGACUUUACUACUUUAGAGAAAAUGUACUGAUUUCUAUGAAAAACAUGAAAGCAUAAAAAUAACAAUAAAAAUGUGGAAAGUAAAUACACAGGGCAUUGUCUGUUAUAUUUCUUUCAUAUGUUCACUCUCCAGACAGAUGAGGUCGGCAGCAGAAGAUGAAAAGAGCUGUUAAACAUCAUGGCUGAGAAAGUUACAGGAUGGCUUUUGGGA